AGCUGCACUAUGUCUUUGAAUCCUCCCACCAGCAAUGAUGCGUGCCUGAGCAUCGUGCACAGUCUUAUGUGCCAUCGGCAAGGUGGGGAGAAUGAGACCUUUGCUAAACGUGCCAUUGAGAGUUUAGUGAAGAAGCUCAAAGAAAAGAAAGAUGAGUUGGACUCGCUGAUUACUGCCAUUACAACCAAUGGAGCACACCCCAGCAAAUGCGUAACAAUUCAGCGGACCCUAGAUGGGCGACUGCAAGUUGCCGGAAGGAAAGGUUUCCCACAUGUGAUCUAUGCCCGACUCUGGCGAUGGCCAGAUUUACACAAGAACGAGCUGAAGCAUGCCAAGUUCUGCCAGUUUGCAUUUGACUUAAAGUAUGACAGUGUCUGUGUCAACCCAUACCAUUAUGAGAGGGUUGUAUCACCUGGGAUUGGUCUCAGUCUCCAGAACACAGCUCCACCCACUCGCUUGGUGAAGGAUGAAUUUGUCCACGAGUGUGUGCAGCUGGAUGGACCUCAAGUCAUGCCACAUCCUGAAGAACAUGGGCUUCAGCCAGUCAAACAUCCAACCAAUACACCUUCGGAGACCUACUCCCAACCUCUCCCGCCACCAAUACUUCCCUUACCAGAGACGUCCAGAGCAACUGUGCACAGUUAUCCCAACAUUCCAAUGUCUCCUCCUCCUGCCAACAAUUCUCUCAUUCCUAUGACUCAUAGUGAGGGAUUGUUACAAAUUGCCCCACCGCUGCAACAGAUGGCACCUCCCCCAACACCACCACCUCCUGCCCCUCCUCAUCCAUCUCAGCAAAAUGGAUAUCCACCGCCAAAACAGCCAUACCAGAAUAGCACAGCUACUUGGACAGGUAGCAGCACAGCUGCUUAUACUCCAAACAUAGUGCCCCAGCAAAAUGGACAUGGGCAUCACCAACCACCACUCCACCACCCUAGCCAUUACUGUCAGGCAUCACAAUCGGCUGUGAUACCGUUUCUCUUGCGUCACACUGCCUCAACCUCACAACCGCGCACACCACAUAACGGGUCUUCACAUCACAACGGGGCAUCCUAUCAGCAGCCAAUCUCCAACCACCCAGGCCCCGAGUUCUGGUGUUCGAUCACAUAUUUCGAGAUGGACGUUCAGGUGGGAGAGAUGUUCAAAGUUCCCUCUAGCUGUCCAGUAGUGACAGUUGAUGGCUACGUGGACCCUUCAGGAGGAGAUCGUUUCUGCCUUGGCCAGCUUUCAAAUGUACAUCGUACUGAUGCCAGUGAGAAGGCCAGAUUGCACAUUGGUAAGGGCAUCCAGCUGGAGUGUCGGGGUGAGGGUGAUGUCUGGAUGCGAUGCCUCAGUGACCAUGCUGUAUUUGUGCAAAGCUACUAUCUGGACCGAGAGGCAGGCCGGGCACCUGGAGAUGCUGUACAUAAAAUUUAUCCUGGUGCAUACAUCAAGGUGUUUGAUUUGCGUCAGUGUCACCGACAGAUGCAGCAACAGGCGGCCACAGCACAAGCAGCAGCAGCAGCACAGGCUGCAGCUGUGGCAGGGAACAUUCCAGGCCCUGGCUCUGUGGGAGGCAUUGCACCUGCUGUUAGUCUUUCUGCAGCUGCAGGGAUUGGCGUUGAUGACCUGAGGCGACUCUGCAUCCUCCGGCUGAGCUUUGUAAAGGGCUGGGGCCCAGAUUAUCCCCGGCAGAGCAUCAAACACACACCCUGCUGGAUCGAGGUCCACCUGCACCGGGCACUGCAGCUGCUGGAUGAGGUUCUGCAUACCAUGCCCAUUACCGACCCGGGAUCUGUUAACUGAUAUCGGUUGCCUUCAUAUCUUUGUUCUCUUCUUCCACUUAAUUAUUAUCAGACUUGUAAACUGAUCACUUGAAUCUGGGGACCUCUGCAGUCACAUCAGACUGAUGCAACAUAACUUUAUUUUUAUAUAAGUUUUAUCUUAUUGCUUAUUGACCACGUGCAUAAAAACAUGGUCAUGAAAAAUUAACACUACAACCACAUUGGAGAUGCUUUCGGAACUUGCUCCCCUUACCUCUACAAAAUGUAUUUAUUUAGUCUUCUAAUUAGGAUUUAGAGCAAAUAGCUCAGCAACAGAUCAUCUGGUUCUAGUUCAUUUCCCAGUGUGGAAUUUGUUCAGGAUUUGCUUGCUCUGACUUUGGAUUUCCUGUGUAACCAGUUUCAGGGCACGAAUUUUCAAACUGUUUUUAGACUUCUACCUGGACAGUAGAUACUCUAGGUGACUUUUUUGGGGAAUGUAAGCCCUGUUGUUCUAUUAUUGCUAGAUGUCACUAUAUUGUGCCACAACUUAGCCCAAACUAAGGGUGAAAAUUCUAAGAUCUGGUUUAACUAUUGAAUCUAAUAAUGUAGUGCAACAUCCUGUGCUGCAUUUUUUUUCCUGAAUGAAGUUUCUACAUGGCCAGGUAAAAGUGUUACAUGGUGUUGUGAACUUACUUGCAGAGUAAACAAAGGAUGAACAGUUUGAAAGCAGCCCAUUACCUUGUACCUUUAGCAGAUUGUUCACUGCAACUCCAUCACUGAAAGAGGUGGCAACGGAAGGCAUCUAGCUCUUUCUCCUUCACUUUUAUUAUGCAGAAUUCCAGAUUCAAGGCUAAACUCGAAAACACGUUUGGCCAGAUCAUGCCCGUUAGCUCCUCAGCGAAGUUCCAAUGACGGCACAUACUUUGAUAUCCCAAAGCCUGGAGGCCUCACCACAAAGAACCACAGUUCUGAUGUCUACUUUCUUGUAAAAGAGGAAUGUUUAACUAUCAGCCGCAGUGGUUUUCACUUACAUUCAUGCACGAUCUAAUAGAAUCUAAGCUGAAACAUUACAGAUUCUUUGAGACUAGUAGUCCUUCAUCAUCCUACCUAUUCCCCUUCUCUCCAUAUAGCUUGAGACUUCCAAUAACAUAACAUCAUCUGAAGGUUUAAUUAUAAUUCAUAUCAUCUUUCAUCAGAUAAUGGGAAGUUCAAAAAAGUGCUUUUACCUGACUAACCCUGAGUUAUCAUGCUGGUGUGACAUUGUAAAUUCCAUAACUGUAGCAUAGAACAAUUUGGAUCAAGGCACUUCCCCUUGUGCAGUGACAGAAAUGUAGCUGGUCAGACAGUUAUGAUCAGUUGAUCCUAUAUCUGGAUUCAUUUCAAGUUUUGUUCCUUCAUCACACUUUGUAGUUAAGACAUAGCAGCUCUGUGAUGUAUUCAUGCUAUUGUGACCUGCAAGUGCACUGCAGUAGCCAGAAUAGACAUUUCCUCUGCCUACCACCUUAUUGUAGAAUCAAUGUUCCACCAUUCUAUGUCAACACUGCAUACAGCCCAGAGUAUGUUUAAAUUGAAAAGUCUUCGAUUCCUCCAAAUUCCAGUUUCACCCAGAGCUACACAUCCUGCUUCUCAUCACCGUGAAGUGAUUCCUUCUGUUAAUUUGGGUGAUAGCAGGAUAAAGCUCAGUUGUGACAUCCUGUACUGUCAGAUGUCCUACUGAUACGGUUCAUGUGUGAAGAUUGUUGCCUGUCUCGAACCAAAGAUUUAUAGAACCAAACCCCAGCAAGAGCUGGUGCCUUCAGGAAAAGGAGGAGGUAGAUGAACAAGAACACUGAACUAGAUUCAGUUAACUGCAUGCAGUAAAUGGAGCCCAUAUAUGGCUGAAGAUUCUCUUGAUCACAGGAAGCAUUUAAUUUCUAUUAAGUGUCCUGCCUUUCAGUUUGUACCCUUGGAAGACUGGUUGCAAAUCUACUCCAAGCUCCUCUCAUUCUGUGACCACUAGCGAAGCACAAGUUAUUUUACACAAACAUUGAAGGAUUUUAAUUGUGAUGUUUCCAUGAUUUCUUAUUGUUUGGACAAUGCAAGGGGAACUUUAUCCUGGCUGCAUUUAACUGUGCCUAUUCCAAGGAGUAUUGAAUGGGGCAAAUUUACGAGUGUUACUUUAUCUAAUCUUCGCUGUUCUGGAUGGGACAAGUGAAAGAAGAUUUUUCUCUUGCAGUGUACUGCCAAUAGUUUAGUAUUCUUCAGUUAAUUCAGCCUGAUAGAAAUAAUGAGAAAUCCUAGCCAUCUCCACUGCUUCCUCCAACAAAUUCAGUUUACUGGAUUUGGUCAGGCCUGCUAUGUUCAAUUUCUUCCAGGUCUGCUAAUAAUCUGCUACUGUCAUCCUCUUACAAUAUUCUCUGUAUCAAGCUAUGAGUGGUGUGGGAGAGGGAGAAAGGGUUGCUCACUGUAAGCUUCACUUUGUGAUAGUUACCAAUCUGAGAAAGAUUUACCAUUUCUGGAUCCCUGAGAGCCCCUGGAAUGUGUGUCCUUGAUAGCCCCAGUUUCCUCCUCCCUCCCACACAUGGUUUCACCCUGAUAUCCCUAACCUUUCAAUAGGAUGUAUACCCUGAUUCAUCCUGUCCCCCUCGCCCGGCUCCCGGGGUAUGUACCCUGAUGCUACCUGUUUGCUCCUCUCUCCCACCGUGUGUAUGCUGAUUCCUUCUAUCUUGCUCAUGCCCCUGGUCUGUGUGCUGUGUUUCCUCCUCUUAUCCACUUACCCUAGCCCCACACCCUCUUCCAGGUGUGCACCCUCUUAAUUCCUACACUCUCAAGACAUGUAUCCUGAAACUUAAAACCCUCUGUUGCUGUUGUGGGAGAGCUUGUAUCCUGAUACCUCCUGUAUGCUCAGCACAUGUCAUACUCCAGUGGCCCGAAUCCCAUGUUGAAGGAAGCAUUCUAAGCUGUAGUAACUAAAUAGAAGUUUUUUAAGCUGUGUCAGAAAUUUGUGCUGAAUUCAAGUGGAUUUUUUUAAGUUGAUUUAAGUUUUGAAUUUUGUAUUGUAACAUGUAAAUCACCACAGCCUGUGCCUCAGAUGAGACUGGAGGUUGACAGAUAGACAUUAGCUGUCCCCCACCCAUAAAUAAUAGAACAUUACCAAAGAUUAAAAGCAAUUUCAGCGGUUCAUGGUUUUCAGGCAUUCUUCAGGACUUUUUGGCAAAUACUUUUGCUUAUUCUUGGGAAGAUACCUGACUAGGUGUAGACUUGUACUUGGCCAGCUAUGACUGGAUGUACUGUUGUAUUUCAAUUCUACCUGUAGCCGUGUGUUGCAAGAAUGGAAACUAGUUUCUUAUUUCUGGGUCAUCAUCUAAAUCACCCAGUGUUCGGUGUACCCAGGAUGGCUUUCAUGGCUGAUGAAGAAUGGUCAACAUGAUCUUUGUGUUACCUCAAGUUCAAGAAAAGUUCCAUGAACAAAAUAAGGACCUUCUACAUAGUGUUUGUUGACCUGACAGUAAACUGUGAAGGCCUGUGGAAGGUGCUGUACACAUAUGGCUUCCCUGGAAAGAUGAUCAGGGUCAUCUGCCCCUUUCAUGAUGGUCAGUGUGAUACAGAAUGGCGCCUUAUCAAAUCUCUUUCCUGUUACCAAUACCACCAGGUAAGGCUGCGCAAUAGCUCCAGUCUGUUGUCAUCUACUUUUCACCCAUACUCUUGUGUGCACUCAAAAGAUCUCAAUAUAGGAGUGCACAUUCGGUUCAGGACAGAUGCAAUUCAGUUUGCAAAGCCUCAAGGCUCACACACAGCUACUAAGUAAACUCUUGUUUGCUGAUGACUGUGUUCUCAUUGCAUACACUCCACAAAACAUUCGGUGCUUGGUGACCAUUUUUUCCAAGCCUCAAUGAUUUAGCCUUACAGUAAGUGAAAAAGACAGAGAUUUUGUACCAAGCUCCAAGAUUUCAUAGUCACAAUCAACAAUACGCCCUUCGAUUCAGUUCAGAUGGUUUGUUAUCUUGGUGUAAACUCUCGAUGAACAUUAAGUUGGAUAAUGAAAUCACCUGGGAAAAACAACCUCAGCAUUUGGCAAGCUCACCCACAGAUUGGAGAGAGCAUGGAGUUUGUCUCAAAACAAAGAUCAGAGUCUACCACAGAGUGUUUCUCACAUCAUUUAUCUAUGGCUGAGAGGCAUGGACAACCUACCCACAUCGCACAAAACAACUAGAUGCAUUGCAGCUUUGCUGCCUAAGACCCAUCUGCCACAUCAAGUGGCAAGGCAAAAUCCCUAACACUGAAGGUCUUCCAAGGUGCCAUAUACCUGGUUUCGAGAGCAUGCUCAUCAGAGUUCAGCUUCACUGCAUCAGCCAUGUAGUUAGCAUGGAGGAUUCUUGCAUACCAAAGGUGGAAAUCUACAGCCAGUUGAGCAUGGGAACCUGCAUGACAGUAUGUCCCAAGCUUAAUUUUUCAGAAUGGUUUUGUAUUUAUCUCAGAACCUGUAAGUUGAACCCCACUACAUGGGAAAACACAACCCUGGACAGAUACAAAUGGAAAGGUUUCUGUCAUCAAGCAAUCACAACAUUUGAGGAGAUUAGAGUCAGGUCCCUACAAGAUAAGUGAACAUGCAGCAAAGCCAGUGCCUUCACCCCACCCCUCCAUCAAUAACAUCAUAUGCAAUUUUUUGCAAUCGUAACUUCAAUUCAAGAUUUGGUUUAGCAUCACAUAUGAGACACCAACCUAGACAGUAAGCAACUAGACUCCUUGCUGAACACUGAUCCUUCAAAACGACAGGAGAAUACAUCAUCAAUCAUCCAGGAGUAGAUUGAUGCCACAUUACCUUUAUCCUCUUUCUCCAGUUCCCUGCAAUACCCCCACCCCUCCAAUAGUCAUGUCAAAUAGGUAAAUUGCUUGUGAUAUUGCAGACAUAUCUCUCAUGAAACGCUUGCUAGCACCGCAUUUCCAUCUUCCCCUUGCAGCAGCAGAUGUUCAGGAGAGAAGAAAUGUUCUGUUCUUGAUAUCCUGGUCAGCGGGGGUUAUUCCUUAAGUUUUUGCUACAAGAAAUUCCACAUAGAAAAUUCCUUGGUAACAGUACAUUCCAUAUUGAUGUCACUCACCCAAAGAUCCAAGUGUAGAUUGUACCCCAGCACCUGUAAUGAGAUACAGUAACAUCUAUACUUCUAAUAACAUUUUAUAUUUAAGAUUUAUUUUCUGUUCUGCUUCUAUUUUUCCUACUCACUGAGUAAACAGUUAAAAUGACAGGCUGUGGUACAAAUGAGUGCAGGUGGACCAUUUCUGAUGUGCAAAUUUAUCCAGAUCCUGUUGUAUGUGUAUUGUUCCUGGCAAGCAAUUAUAGGACUGUUAGUAUUUGAUGCCCUGUGUAUAGAAGAGGUUCAAACUGCCCUGAUCACGUGUAUAAAAUCUUUUGUCACAAAUCUAUGUAAUUUUUGCCUUUUGCGAAACAUAUGUGAGAAAUUAGACUUGUCAAUUGCAAA